CACCAACGAGUCUUUAAUUGUCACUCAACUGUUACCAUUGCUGUUAUUCAACCUGCGCAUUCGACUGCGCAUUCUGUGGCGGACGGCAACAACUCGCCGCAACGAGGCGCGCUUGAAUCGCCCCACACCGCACUCCUGGCAUUCGACCCAGAACGCCUUCACAAUACUCAACGAAGAGGGACUCUAGAAACUCGUCUUGAAGUCCCUCCUAAUCGCUACUUUUCUUGCCAUAAUUACUCAACGCAUCAUGUCUCGAAUGUGGGAGGUUGACCCGGAGACGAGAGCCAAGCUUCUCCAAAUCUCCAAAACCAACGGAAACGACAGAUGUUGCGAUUGCAAUGCACCUUCGCCCCAAUGGGCUUCCCCCAAAUUCGGAAUAUUCAUUUGCCUAAACUGCGCCGGCACACACCGCGGCCUCGGCGUGCACAUCUCCUUUGUCCGCUCAAUCACCAUGGACGCCUUCAAGAUGGGCGAAAUCCACCGCAUGGAACAAGGGGGCAACGAACCUUGGAAGUCGUUUUUCGAUAACCACGCGAUUACACAGUCUGAGGGACGGACGUUUGAGGAUUCUACGAUCAAGGAGCGGUAUGAGGGGGAGGUCGGGGAGGAGUGGAAGGAGAGGUUGGCGGCGAAGGUCGAGGGAAGAGAGUAUGUUCCUGGGCAGCGGGAAGCUAAGAAGAAGGAAACACCGACAAGUCAGGGACCGAGCGCGAUAUCCAGUACCGGGCCGAGAGGUUCUUCACCUGCUCUCAGCGAAGGAGGGUUGAAGAAAGAGCGCAAUGAGGCGUAUUUCUCAAAACUGGGGUCCGCAAACGCCACGCGGUCUGAGUCUCUGCCUCCAUCGCAGGGUGGGAAGUUUACUGGUUUUGGGGGCGGAUUGCCGCCGAGUUCGUCGGCUGGAUCGAGGAGUUCAUUUAUGGGUGGUAUUGGUGGUGCGGGGACGCCUGGGUUGGAUGAUUUUCAGAAGGACCCUAUGGGGACGCUGACGAAGGGGUUUGGGUGGUUUACGUCGGCUGUAGGGAAGAGUGCGAAGACGGUACAUGAUUCGUAUAUUCAGCCUACAGCGAAGCAGCUCGCCGAAUCCGACCUCGCAGCCCAAGCCCGCCUGCAAGCCGCGCAGCUCGGCCAAAACAUCCAAGUCGGCGCACGUGGCGCUGCAGACCAAUUUAACCGCUUCGUCGAGGGACAAGACGAACAUACCUCGUCCUUAGCUAGGCGCCGCGGGGAACCUGAGCGGAAGGACUUUUGGGACGAUUUUGCGUCGUUGGGGGCGGAGGAUCAGGGCCAGGGCCAGCAUCGAAGGAGUGCGAGUCGGCCUAAUGCUAUUGGAACGGCGGCUAUGAAGCCGGGGGCUGCUACGGGAGCGGGGGCUGGAUCUAAUGCGACGAGUAGUGCUGGCGGUGCUGGCGGGAGUGGCAGUGGCAGUGGUGCUACUGGGACCGCGAAGGGGCAAGGACAGCAGCAUGAGGAGGGGUGGGAUGAGGAUUGGUAGGUUAUACUCUUGUUUGUAACUAUUGGUAUUGUUUUUGGUACAUUGUUUCGAUGUUUAUUCCCACUGUUGUAUACAGAGUUGGACUUGGGUAGUAUCAUGGAGGAGUAUGUGACCUUCAUACAUAUAGCAAUCUAGCACAUAUUGAAUACACUCGGUAUCAGUCGAACUCACUAUCGGCUAACCUCAUUGGCGC